AAACAUCGACAUAUCGACAUUUCCAUCGGAAACUUUUAAAAUGUUGUGCUACUUGCUGCAAGUGUGUGUGUCCGCGGAGUGCAAAUGGCAAAUGGCGUAGGCUAUAGUUAAGUUCAAGUUUUAGCAAUAUUUUAUUAGAAUGCCAAUGCCAAAUAGUUAAUUCUUAGUUGUUUAAUUAAAUUUUUUUAUGUUCGUAAUUUUUGUGCAAUAAAUUAGCCAAAGAUAAAUUCAAGUUCGCAAAUAUUUUCGCUUGUUAAACGCUAACGGUACGGUUUCUUCGGUACGGUUUGCUGCUGCCCACGCAGUACGUUUUUACAGAGGUGUAUAUAUAUAUAUAAAGAUAUCUAUAUAGAGAAGAAAAUAUCGAUUUGACCGCGCUCAAGGAAAAAUGCCCGCAAAUAUGGUGGGACUAUUGAAUCCCAUGAAAUAUGGUGAUCAUUUCUACGAGUUGUUUACAAACCAAACACGCAGGCGAGCCCACAAUGAAAGGAGGACCCUCACCAAGCGCAAAAGCCGCAAGGAGAAGUCGGCGGCAGCGAUGGCGGCCGCUGCUGCCGCCGCCGUGCUGGAUGGGAAUCCCGGUAGCAUUGUAAAUCCCCUGGAUCCGCCACUGGUCAAGGAGCAGCUGAUGAUCAUGCCCUCGUUCCCGGCGGGCCACAUCGAGCUAGAGCCGAAUGCCUCGAAGUUUGCCGUCUUCUCGGCCAUUCGCACCACAGUCCUGGAAGCGGAGACUAGAUAUGCCUUGCUUCAGGAGGGCGGCGGCGGUGGCAGGGAGGCCGGAAUGGGCCUGAAAAAGUGGGCCGCCAAUUUGGACUCCUCCUGCUGCCUGCUGUGUGCCGCCAGCUGCUUGGCCAGCAACAUUUUGGACUGCACAUGUCACGCUCAACUGGCCCUAGCCGCCGGGGCGCUCGGCGGUGGCCCUGGGCCCGGCAUAGCACCUGGCGGAGCUGCCAUCGCUGGCCUGAUUGGUGUGGUGAUCGGACCCGGAGCUGCGGGUGGCUCUGCCGAGAAGCGCAACCGUCGCGACAGUGCCAACAGCGAUGCAGACUCUGACACCGAGGAGCCCACCGAACGGGAGCCCGUCUACGCCACCGUUCCGCUCAUCGUGGGCGCUGGACUGCGCAGCCUCUUCGAGCUGAUUGCCGACGCCCGCCACAUUCAGCCACUGCUCUGCACCAAGGCGCUCAAGGCCCUGCUCGACGUUAUCCAGGGCCAGCAGCCAGAGUCCUUCAAGAUGGAACCAGAAGAGCUUAUCAACCCGCUGUACGACCUGUUGCUUGAUCUGGCCACCAUGCCGGCUGCCCUCAACUCCACCACGGGAGCCGAGGCCAACUGGUCGGCCAUGGCCUGUGCCGCCCUCCUGGGCCUCUGCAUUGCCCGCGGGGACACUGGCAAGAUGCUCAAGGCGAUUGCCGCCAUGCUCAUGUCGCCACGGCAACUCUCGGCCCAGAUUGUCCAAUUGCCGGCUGUGCUGGCCGCCCUCCAGCACACGGUGAUCAGUGCGGCCUUGAACAAGCCCACACGUCCGGAUUUUCAUAGUCACGGAGUGCCGCACAAUUCCCUGAUCGAUGAGUUCCCCUUGAAGUUGCCCGAAGUGGGGCCAGGAGGUCCCGAAACGGCCCCGGCCAUGGCCUGCGAUGGUGUCUUUCUAUAUCUGCUGUACGAUGGAUAUCUGCUGAAGAUCGGCACUGGCUUUGGGGGCUCCUACAAGGGGCAUGUGUACGCGCAGAACGAUGACUUUACGCGGGAGCGAAAUGCCUGGCUGGGCUACAGUGCCGGGCAUUUGUAUUUCAGAAGGAACUGUCGCCGGAAUACGGGCGAUCAGCUGCAGCUGGUGGGCCUGGACACGCUGGCCCUCAAGUCGAUGAGUCCUUUGAAUAUGCUGCCCAUGCGUGAGGGCAUCAACUAUGUCCUAUUUACCGAUGACGACUCACUCCAUGCCAUCUGCAGCAAUCGCGAUGACACGUUGGUGGUGAAGAAGCUGAAUCUGUACCACAACAGCUACAGCAGCGAACCGCAGCCCUUCGAGCUGCCCCUGCAGCUGGCCCGCAAGAAAUUCCGCACCCUGGGCUAUGCUGCCUUUGAGGAUGAUCUGCUCAACCAGCAUCAGGUGCAGCGCAUCCAAUCAUCGCACAACAGCUUCGAGCCCAAGCUACCGGCCACCUGUCGGGAUGCGGAUGUGGAUGUGAUGGGGAUGGCCUGCGGCAAGGAGUUCGGCCUGGUUCGGGCCAGCAACGGACGCGUCUACUACUAUGGCAAAUCAACGGCCCUCGGCCUCAAGUGUGUGGGUCGUACGCCGUCGCUAAAGCUCACCGAACUGAUCAUAUCCAAGGCGGCGCAUAUUGUCCAUGUGGCCGUCGGGCACGAUGGCAUCCAUGCGCUGCUGGUGAACGAUGAUGGGACCGUUUUCUUUGCUGGCACAGCCCGACGCGGCGAGGACGGGGACACCAGCAAGAACCGCAGGCAGCCGAAGGCCGUCAAGCCCAAAAAGAUGACCAAAAUCGAUGGGCACGUGGUGGUGCAUGCCGCCUGCAACAAUGGCACCUCUGCGUUCGUCACCAAGGCGGGGAAACUGAUCAUGUACGGGAAGGACACGGCCCAUUGUGAUGCUAUGGGCUUUGUCACGGAACUACUGGACCAGCAUGUGACGAAGGUCGCUUUGGGCAAGGCCCAUUGUGUGGCGCUCAAUGCCAAGGGGCAGCUCUUCUCCUUUGGCCUGAACAACAAGGGCCAGUGCGGACGCAUCUUUAACAAGCUGCAGCCCGUCAAGGAUGUGGCCUCAUCGUCGUCCGCGGCAUCCUGCUUUGCGGCCCUACUGCCGCCGGAUAAGCGCUACAAGCUGGACCUUUCGGCCCUGUGCGACUACGAUGACCACAGCUUGGUGCAGGGCCAGUGCCGCGUCUGCAUUGUGUGCCGCGAAUGCACUGGCUACAAUGUCAGCUGUGUGUCGGCCCUGAAUGUACCGCUCGAACAGAGGCUGGCGGGCAGCAUCUGCCCCUGCGGCCAUGGGGAUGCCGGGUGUGCCAAGUGCGGCCUGUGUGCCACCUGUAUUGCCCUGCAGGAUAACGAUAAUGAUGCCAACCGGGAACUAAAGACCCUAUCCACGGAGAUGCAGCAGCGACAGCAGCGCUCCAAGACGCUCCUCAUGCGACGCAAAGAGAAGAAACCCUGCGAACUGGAGACGGGCGCUGCUGGCGGGGGCGCCGCAACACCCACCGAUCUGGACAAGGAUCCCCCGCGCGUGGCUCCGCUGGCGCCGCAACUGCUGCAGCUGCCAAGCACCUCGCCCGUGGUCCAAGUGGCAUGUGGCCUCCAUCACACCGUGGUCCUUACGCUGGCCGGCGAGGUCUAUACGUUUGGCAGCAAUCAGUACGGACAGCUGGGCAGUGGGGACCUCCAGCCGGUCAGUGGUCCGGUGCGUGUCCAGGUCCAGGGAGCCAUCAGUCAAGUGGCGGCUGGGAGCAAUCAUUCGGUGUUGCUGACGCACAAGGGGAUGGUCUAUACGUUUGGAAACUACCAGAAGGGACAGCUGGGUCGAUUGCCCAGUGAUUUUGGCCCGAAUGUGGACAAGAGCCAAAGACCAGGACAGAGUCCGGGUACUCCUGCACAGGCGCAGGCACAGGCACAGGCACAGGAAGAAGAACCCAGCAUCACAAAUGCUGGACCAUCUGGAUCAAGUGAUGGACCUGCUGCUGCUGUUGCGGCUCAAGAGGGCAGUGUCCUGCCCAGCUGCUCCAAGGAACUGGCGUCCCUGAUGCCCAACUUCUCUUGUCCCGUGCUGACCCAAAGGCAAAAGUUCCUGUGGAAUUGCUCCCCAGCAGCUGUAUUUGGCCUGGGUCCUAGCUUUGGCAAAAAAGUCACCUGGAUCGGGGCCAAUGGGGAUCAGACGUUUAUCAAGAUCGACGAGUCGCUGAUCACCGCCCAAAUGCUGCCCAAGAUGCAUGUGGUGGCCAACAGGAAGACAAUUUUGCUUGUGCCUAGCAUACCGCUCUCCUUUCACACCCUGUCCAUCAAUAGGCGUGAUGGCAGCUGCACGGCCCACUAUCGCGGCCAGAGCAACUUUUUGCAACUGAUGCAGGCGCAAUCGCAGUCGCAGGCGCAGCCUCAGCAGGGACAGGCCGAUGCGGCCACACCGGUUAUGGCCUCGCCGGCAAUAGCAGAACCCGUGGCCCACUCGUCCUCCUCGCUGCUGACUGCCCUGGCGGGCACGGCCACCGCUGGCGUACCGAUCAAUGAGCAGAUGUCAAGGAGCAUGCACGAAGGACGGAAUCAGAUCUUUGAGGAGCCGGAGGGAGUGGCAGUUGUGGCCUCUGGCAGCGGCGGAUGUAUACCACGUCCGCGUCGGUUUCUGAGACAGCGACUGGAGAUGGGGGGCCCGGGCUCCCCGCCGGACCAAGUGCAGUCCCCGCAACAGCUGGCCUUUGCCAUGGACCCCAGCUACAAUGUGCUGUGGGUUUUCGACGGUGUCUCACGGAGGAUACGCUGCCACAAUGUGGUGGCCAGCGAUAUAUCCGAAAGCGAUGAGAAUGCGGCCAACUACAGGGCUUUGCUCUCGCCAGAGCUGUCGUUGCCCAUAAAGGCAGAGGCACGCGUCUCCCGGUCGCAGGGCUCACUGAAUCUGCUGGCUUGCCUGGACAUACUCACCUCCGCCCAGGACAACAUACCGUACUGCUUCGAGCAGACGCUGCCCAAGGCCAUACACCAGACCACGGAGACCCCUGGGGGCGACUAUCAGGUCGUGAAUCGUUUCGACAACUUUGGCGGCGGCUGGGGCUAUUCCGGACAUAGUGUGGAGGCCAUACGCUUCGCCUCGGACACGGACAUUGUGCUGUGCGGCUUUGGGAUGUUCGGCGGACGCGGCGAAUACAGCUGCAAGGUGAAGCUCUUCGAUCUGGGCACCGACGGUGGCGGGUACGAGAAGGAGGGCGUCCUCCUCAGCGAGACCAAGGAGGUGCCCUACGAGUGUGCCGCGCGGAGCAAGCAUCACAUUCUGCUGCCCAAGCCGGUGAGUGCGGCCGCGGGUCGCUGGUAUCUGGUCUGGGCACGCAUCGCGGGUCCCUCUUCGGACUGUGGAUCCUGCGGUCAGGCCUCGGUCACCACCGAGGACCAGGUGGUGUUCUCGUUCAAGUCCAGCAAGAAGGCCAACAACGGCACGGAUGUCAACUCGGGCCAAAUACCCGCCAUCCUGUAUCGGUUGGUCACCCAGGACUGCAAGCAAACACCAGCACCGCUGGACGCCGAUCCUGUCCAGCGCAUAUCGCGCGCCUUUGCCAAUAGCGUUAGCCGCGAGUGCUUCGAGAGCCUUGUCGUCCUGCUCAGCUGGUCGUGGGAGAGCUUCAAGACGCAGCUGCGCGAGCAGAGCGAUCGCUCGCGUCCCCUCCAGCUGCAACAGUCGCUGCAGUAUCUCGGCUACGUGAACAAAUCCUGUCUUCGACUGUUGCGCAAGUACACCAACGAGAUCUAUCCACAGCGAUCCACUACCACAGCCAGUACAGGCGGUGGUGGCGGUGGCGGUGGUCGGCACAACAAGGGCGGUUCUUCCGGCCCUUCUGGCAGUGCUGGUGGCGGCGGUGGUGGCAGCAUGUCUGCUGCCCUGUCCAAGCUGGAGUCAAAGUCAAGCAAAGACAAACAUGUGCCGCGUGUGGUGCCCAAUCCCAUAACAGUGUCAAAGUACUUUGGCGAACACCCAUCCACAUCGGGCGCAGGAUCAGGGGGAUCACGAGGAGGCGGCGCUGACGGAUCUGGGCCUGGCCAGGGCACACCCAUCACACGGAAGGCGAAUCUCGAGAAUAUACAGCUGGCCGAGUGUGUGGGCAAUGUGCGAGCGUUGCUUAUUGGCAUCUUCUGCGACGACAUAUUCAAGGACAUAGCCACAGAUGAGGGCUAUGCCUUGACACUGGAGAUCCUGGAGGAGUGCCAUCUGAGCUUUGUUGCCUGCUUCGAUGCCUUCUAUCCCACCUCCUCGCUGAAAUGGAGCUGCCUGUGCGACCUCCUCGCCCAGAUGGACCGCGGCGCCCUCCACUCUCGCCUGCUUAGUGCCAUUCUGGCAGGUCUGUGCUCGCCCACCGUCAAGCUGCGUGCCACCUUCUCGCUGCUGAGUGCCCCUGGCAACGAUCGCCAGUCGAUAAUCAGUCCCAGCGACAACUCGGGCCUGCCGAUGCUGUCCUCCACGGACGCGCACCAGUAUCCCAUACUGGUUGAGCAGAUGAUCUACCGGACGCAGCAGGAGAAGAGUGACUUUCUGAUCAGCACGUGGACGUUCAAGGAUGUGCUGGUCCGUCUGCUGGACAUCAUUGCCAGCCCCAUACGGCAACGCAUCGAAUCGAUUUACAGCCGCAGCCUCGAAGGCAGCUACCCGGGCAAGGAGUGGAUCAACCAGGGCCUCAUCGACAACUGUUGCCAUCUGCUGGCCCGCGUCCUCGCGGAGAUCGUUUACCAAACAGCCAUGGGCGAGUAUGACAAGCUCUUUCUGCCGCCCCGCACCCUCCAUUCAACGGGGGCCAGAUUCGCACGCUGCGACCUGAGCCGCACAUGGAAUACGGGCAACUUUGGCCCGGAUGCCAUCGCCUUUUCGGUGGAUCGCUCGGGCAUUGCCAUAGCGGGGGCCAUGGUCUAUACGGGCUCGGGCAGCUACGACUACCAGCUGGAGCUCCUGUUCGACAACACGGUGGACCUGCAGCCGCAGCACAAAUGGGAGACGCUGGAGUCGGUGUCGGGCAGCUAUGACCAGGAGGCGGUGCACAACGAUCUGGCCGAGAUCAAGUUCGAGCAUCCCGUACAAAUCAAGGAGCACGCACGCUACGCCCUGCGCCUCUGCUCCCAGGGGGCGCGCACCUGUUCCGGCGACUCGGGGCUGCCAACAGUGCGCGGGCCCUGCGGCACAAAUUUCCACUUCUAUGCGUGCGAUCUGAGCUUCAAUGGCACGACGCCGGCCAGGGGCCAGCUGCCGUGCAUCCUGUACUACAGCACACCCGUCAAGCUGGAGGCAGGCGUCGUGGGAUCCGGAUCGACGGCCAUGGCUGCGGCCGAUGCUGCCAGCAUGCUGGCGGCCAGCAGUCAACUGAUUGCCCACGAGGUGUCCACACGGGACACGGCUCUGCAGAUCGCCUCGGACAUCACCAAAAAGUGCACGGAGCUGUUGAUCAUGGCCCGCAAUGCGAUGGCUGCCUCUUGCUCGCCCUCGGACAACAGCAGCUCCAAUCACACGCAGACAAUCGACUCGGAGCACAACAUAACGCCCAUCGAGGAGCACAUGGACAUUAACUGGGCCAACAAUUCGCGCACUGCUGCCCAGCCGCAGCCCCUGGGCCAGGGCCAGGGCCAGGCCCAGCAGCCUGCCAGCUCUGCGGCUGCCGCAGAUCCGCAGAAUUCCACGGCCCGGGAUCUGGGCAGACGCAUUGAAUCCUUCUCCAAGGGCAUCAUGCAAACGCUGACAUUCGACACGAGACGCUCCACGAAUCCGUUUGAAAUGGAAAUCGAAAUGGGAGCCACCGAAAUCGGUGAGGAAGAUACCGAUGACCUGGCCAACGGUCAGAUACCAAGCCAGAGCCAGGUCCAAAGCGUUCUACCCAUCAAUGGCAACGAGCGAGUGGACUUUGAGAUGGCCGAACAGCCAGUGCCGACAGCCCCGCCCCAGGAAGAGAUGCCGCAGGUGUCGCAAUUCUCGCCGCAGCACCAGUCGCUUCUGGUACACUCGGACUCUGAAGAGGCGGCGCCCAUGGAUGCUGGCGCCCCCGGUUGCAGUGGCUUUGCUUUAGGAGGCGGAGUGUCCUCUGUGCUUGGAGCAGCGGGCGAACUUGGAGCGAGAGGAGUGCAAUUGGGUGCAGGCGCAGUGGGAGGCUCAGCAGGUGGUGGCUGCCCCGUGGCCGCUCUCCAGCUGUUGGAGGUGUUCAAUCUGGCCGCCUCGAACAUGUUUCACACUCUCCUGCCGCUGGUCUACGCGCACAUGUCCAAUUUGGCCUGCAGCGAUCCCAAGAGCUCCGUACAGAUACUCGGCUUGAUCAAGGAGAUACUGCCGCACAUUGCAGCCCUCAAUCAACUGCAUGUAUCUAAGGAGCAGCGCCAGCCAGAGGCAGCAGCUGUAGCUGCCAAUUUUCCGCAUCCGUCAGAGGCAGCCCCACCAGAACAGGGAGAACAUUUUCCAGCAGGAGCCCCACCUCCAGCAGCAGCAGCAGCAGCAGGAACAGCAGGAGGAGCAGGAGCUACAGGUAGCUACAGUUCGAGUAACUCUGGGGGAUCCAGCAGCACCACCAGCAACCACUAUUGCAUGGUGGAGAGCGAGCAUCCGUAUCGGAGCGCCAGCAUUAGUUGCUACCGCGUCGAAUUUCCGCCCUGCGUCCAGUGGAUGACCAUCGAGUUCGACGGACAGUCUGGGACAGCACAGCUGGAGGAUUACCUGCUGCUAUCCAUACCGAUGCGACCGGCAGAGCCGGCGGCUGGCGAGCCGGCCGCCCAGACGGAUGACUACUACGAUAUGCUGGACAACAAUCUGCCAAGUGCCAUGGACCAGUCGCGAAGGACAGUGAUACCGACGGCAUCGGAAACGGCUGCUGCUGCUCUAGCUGCCGGCAAAACUCGCUCAGCAAAUGCCCAGCUGAUGAUGGCCAGCUGUUGCCGCACUCCAGGGACAUCCAGUGGCAGUGCUGGUGCCACGUCCCCGCUGCGUGCCCAAGAUGCCAAUGACAGAGAAUGGAUUGUGAUCAAGAAGUUCAACACCGCCUCCAAUUGGCUAAUGAGUGUCCUGGUGGUGCCCGGCAAUUGUGUGGAAUUCUCGCUGGAGACAUCCUCACUGUAUGCCCAGGAUCCGCACAACAAUCGCUAUGGCUUCAAGUGUCUGGUGGUGGGAUAUGACAAUCCCACGGCAAUUAGUGGCAGCAAUUCGUGUUUGAUACGACUGGAGCAGGAGCUAUCCUAUUUGGGGGGCAUGUGCUGUGCCAAUCUCAUGAAGAAGGAGCUCAAUAUGCCAGAGGACAAGGAUGUUGAGGACAUGAGUGGCGUAGAGGAAACCAUUAUGGCACAUCACUCAUUGCUCUCCAAGGGAUUCGCACUGUCCGAUCCACACCUGAACGUGCAUCAGGCCUUGGAGCCAUAUCUGCCCAUUGGAUCGCAAUCCAAUGAACGACAGUUCCUCAAGGACUUUAUCAGCGGUGCCCCCGGAUCAUCGGGGGCCCGCCUGGCGGCCUGGCUCCAGCCAGAGUCCCGGCUAGAUCCCAACAAAUGCGAAAUGAAUCCGAUCACAGAGCCACUGCGCUACGGCUGGCCCACACAGGUGACCAUCACCAUACGGGAUCAGUACGGGGAUGCUGUUCUCGUGCCCGAGCUGAAGGUGGAGAUCAAGGCCAUACCGACGGGACCGGGCCCCCAUGGACCGGGUGGCGUUGGUGGUGCCAAUAUCCUGCGGAUGCGACGCGCCUCUUGCGCCUCCUCGGUCUCAGACGCGUGCCUGGGGGGUAUGGCGCCGCCACCGCGAUUCAACUACGAAGUGACCACCAAGGAGAGGAUGUGCUUUAAGGCCAUCACCUUCAUGAAGCCCUUCACCAACUACUCGUUCGAGGAGCUGCGCUACUCCAGCCCCGUCCAGACGCGCACCACGGACUCGCUCAGCGCCCGAGACAUGGAGGACGGCACCUUCAGUGUCCAGUGGACGCCCAACUCCGUUGGUGGCUAUUGCCUUGCCGUGAUCAUCGAUGGCAUCCAUCUGGAGGAGGUCUAUCGCGUCGAGGUCAAGGAGGGCGUUCUGCCCCCGCCCACCCAGAGGAGUAGCACCACGCGACGCCCACAGGCGCCCAGCAAGCUGCGACGAUUCCAGGUGCGUCACAGCGCCGGCCUGAGAAUCCGCUCCCACCCGACACUCCAGUCGGAGCAGGUGGGCGUGGUGCGACUGGGUGGCAUCAUCUCGUUCAUCGAUGAGAUCGAGAACGACGACGGCAUUUGGCUGCGCCUCUCCACGGAGUCCAUACGGCAGCACUGCACCAUGGGCUGGUAUCCGACAGAGGCCUGGUGCCUGCAGUUCAACCAGCAUCUGGCCAAGGUCCUCCUGCAGCCCGUGCUGGAUGCCAAGGAUGGUGCCCCGCCAGCCAGCCCCACCGGCGGAUGCAGUGGCGAGCCCAGCCCAGAGCCAGAGCCCGACCACAGUCCCCCACCGAGCCCCGUUCUGCCCAAGUCGCCCGUUGUCCAGCGCCGAUUCUUGGGCGGUCCCGUCAAUACGAAUCCCUUCCUGUUUCCCACCAAGAGAGAGCGUCAACGUGAACGCGAAAGGGAACGUGAAAGAGAAAUGGAACGUGAAAGGGAGAGGGAGAGGGAAAAGGAGCGGGAGAGAGAGCGGGAGCGGGAGGAGCGUGAAAGGGUGCAGCAAAUGGAGCCAGAACCAGACCAGGAUGUGGAUGUGGAUGUGGACGCUGAUUUAGAUCCAAAAUUAGCAGGUGCGCCUGCGGCUGUGGCUGCUGUAGCACCUCUGCCUGUAGCUGUAGCGGUAGCAUCCGAACCGGAACCGGAACCGGAGCCGGAGCUGGCGGGAGCGGCAGCGUCGUCGUCCUCCUCCUCGGCGGUGGCGGCCACGGAGCUUCUACCCGCCAAUUUUGGCUCCGCCAUUGCCGGCGUUGUCGGUGGCGGUGCCAUCAGGCUUCAGGCCCUACAAAAAUGGUUCAAAGGCGAUGCCAUCGAGGGAGCCCAGCCCCACGGCCAGGCUCAAGCACAGGUCCAAGAGCCCAGCCACAUGGAGGCAUCGUUCUCCCAGUCCCCCCCGCCUCAUGGGGGUGUCUCUGUGCGGGAAAUGGUCCGGGCCAUGGGUCAGGGACAGGAGCCCUCGCCCUCACCCACUGGAUCGCCAUCGUCAUCGAUGCGGGGAAAUGGCAAUCGCAGCAGCAGUCACCAGCAGCAGCAGCAGCAGGAUGCUCCGCCCCCACCAGGAGCACAAGCAUCGGCGCCCGAGCCGGAGUUCAGUUUGGCCAGCAUGCGGCGACCCAACUACACCCCCAGCCAGACGGCGGCCCUGCUCUCCACACCCAAGCACACACCCCGUCGAACGGCGGCUGGGGUGGCGGCUGCGGCGGCAGCCGCUGCCGUCCAGGAGGUGGUCUCUGGCCUAGAGGAUGAUCUCAGUCUGCUGCAGAUCACCACAACGACAACGGGCACGGAACAGCAGAGCGAGCUCCAGUUGGCUUCCACAUCGGCAGCAGCCACAGCUGCCGCCGCCGCUUCCGCUUCGGCAGCGUCAGCGGCCUCCGCUUCUGCUUCCGCUUCGGGUUCCGGAGGCGGAGGAUCAUCGGGCUCAAAGCGGAACACCAUGGGACCCAUUAAGCGGGCCAUGCCCCCGUCCUUUGCCGAGAGCAUUCGGGCCGUGUUUGCCGCUCUGCUGUGGCACGAGGGCGUCGUCCAUGAUGCCAUGGCCUGCGCGAGCUUCCUCAAGUUCCAUCCCGGCCUGCCCAAGGAGGGGGCCACUGUGGUGACGCGACGUGGCGAGUCGGGCGAUGCCCGGCUACAGCUGUCCCGGGAGCAAAAGGCCCAGCAGCGGCAUUCGGUGGAGGUGGCCAAUGCAGGCCACUACCUGAACAUACGACCCUCCACACUGGAGACGCUGACCAAAAGCGGCAACAGUUCGCUGCACAAUCGCAGCAAGCAUCGGAAGAAUACACCCUCCGGGGGAGAGGAUCAGCCACUGGGCCAGGGACAGGGGCAACAGCAACAGCAACAGAAGCUGCAGGCACUGCCGGAGGUGGUCAGUGUGUUGCCGCCGGCAUUGCGGUGUCUGGUCUACCUGUGGGAGCAGAUCUGCUCCGGCUGUGUGCAGAUUGUCCAGACAAACGGCCUCGAACAGCCGCGUCAGCCGCGUCUCCUCUCGCCCAUCCACCACACCGAUGGCCAUGGCCAUGACGCGAAGGAGGGCAACCGGGGACACCACAUGGACCAAGGCGGAUCGGGAGCCAGCGACAAAGAGGGUAAGAAGACCAAGCGCAAAAAGAAGGACGAUGGCAGCUGGUGCGAGAUCUGUGAGCUCUUUCUACCGAUGCCCGUCACCUAUCACAUGCGGAUCGCCCAUCCGGGCUGUGGCAAGUCCGCCAAGGGCAAGGGCUACAAUUCCGUGGGCAUAUUCUGUGAGGGCUGGGCGGGCAACUGUGGGGAGGGUGGCAAGGGCGCCUCCUCGUGGUUCCUCAUGUGCGAUACGUGUCGGGAUCGGUAUCUGGCCAGCUGUCGCAGCACCAACAACAUCAAUAGUGUGGCACGCGGCCAGGAGGCCAACUCGGCGGAGGAUAAUGUCCUCAAUCUGUUUGGCGUGAGAUCCACAUUGAUUGCCAAUGCCGAGGUCUACACCACCAUGCGGGAGAAUGCCACCUUUCUGCUGGAGCUCUGUUCCAGCUUUAGCUCUGCGGGCAGCAGCAGUGUCAACGGCAGCGGCAGCGGCAGUGGCAGCAGCAUGCUAUCGAAGCGUUCGCCCCAGUCGAUGGCCAUGCCGGUGGUCAUAGAGCACCAUCAUCAUCAUCAUCAUCCGUUGGGCGUGGCCGAUCUGAAGCCCAGCACCAGUCGCAACAGUCGCAUGGCCAGGCUCAGUGGCGGCCCCAAGUUCUGCCCAGGCAUCGGUGGAGGCGGCAGCGCCUUCCGCAAGAGCUUCGUGGGUGGACCACCUACUGCGCCGGAAAACCUCUGGCUGGCCCCUGAGAGCUUUGCCUGUCUGGAGUGCCUGGGCACGGCGGGACACGAGGAUCCGCCCUACGAGAUGUUCGGCCUGGGCCCCAACGAGAAUGCCUUCGAUAGGCCGCUAUCUGAAAUAUCGUACGAGUCGUGCGAUCCCAACAAUUACGAUAUGGCGGGGACUGGCUCUAUGGCCCCUGGCACGAGUGCUGCUGCCGCAGCUGGGGCCGUGUCCAAGUUCCAUCGCAGCUACUCCAUGGGCCAGGGCUGGGCCUCGCUUGUCCAGCAGUCCCAGGCCCCGCCCCAGCAACCGCAGCAACAGCAGCAGCAGCAACAGCAACAGCAGCAGGCGCUACAUCAGCAGGAUACGCCACCAAAGGUGGUGUACAGGCGGAGGAAUAACUUCACCAGCGAGAGCGAGGGCGCCAGGCUCAUCUGCUAUCCAUCGGAGCAUUUGCGGCGCCUGGUGCCGCACAAGCUGCUGGCCAGCGUUACGGUUCUCCAGACAGGCGCCUCCACAUCGGCUGCGGCUGCGGCAGCAGCAGAGGGAGACGCCCAGUCAAUCAGUCCGGGGCCAGAGCAAGGAGGAUCUCAUGGAGCAGGUAGCUCCCUGCUGUCCCGCCCGGCGAUGGCCUUCAUCACGCAGAAGCACGAGCUGGAGCGACUGCGGGCAGCCAUGAGGCGGAGCCUGCGGAUCUCCGUCUGCCGCAGCUACUCGCUACUGGCACUCAACUGGCUCCUGCGCAGCGUCACCCAGGGCGUUUGUCUGCACGAUCUCAUGUGGUGGUUCGUGAGCUCCCUGGAGACGGCCGUUACCCAUCUACCAGAUGGCCGAUACGAGGAGUCCCCGGACAUGGCGCUAGAGCAUCCGGCAGCAUACACACAGAUCAGCGGUCGCUUUGCCCACCUGAUCACCCAGUCGCUGCACGUGCUCCUGCAGUCCGUGGCGGACCUGACACUGCACUUGCCGCCAGGAUCGCCCCUGCAGCGGGUGGCCAUCCAGUGCUUUGGCAUACGAUUCCGGCAGGCCGAUCAUCAGUUCCUGCACAGCUCCCAUGUCUUUGGCAACAUCUCCAAGAUCCUGUCCAAGUCAGAUGAGCAGAACGAUGCCAUGGCCGUGUCCACGCUGCUCAAGUCCGAGUCCCACUGCGAUGUCGAGCACAAUCAGCUGAAUGCCGCUGGAUCUGGCCCUGGAUCCGGAUCGGGCUCGGGGUCGGGUUCCGCAUCGGGUGGACCGGGGGGCAGGGUGGUUUGCUACACGGACCUCGCUGGGAUGUUCGAUAUUGCUGUAUCGUCAAGGCCAGCCAUGGCCGAAUCCCUCACGGACAACUCCACGGAGACGUUCUGGGAGAGCGACGAAGAGGACCGCAACAAGGUCAAAAUCAUUGAGGUGUCACUCAUCAGGCUCACAUAUGCCUGUCGCUUCCUACUCGUCCACAUCGACAACAGUCGCGAUAUUCAGAACAAAGUCCUGAAUGUGGGUUUCUAUGCUGGCCAAUCGUUGGGCGACACGAAUCUGAUCAAGUCGGUGGAUGUGGACUCGAAGGCCUGCACCUGGAUAUCCGCGAAGAUCAAUGACGAGAGCUACACCCAUUUCCGGCUGGAGCUGCACGGACCCGAGAACACGCUGCGGGUGCGCCAGAUCAAGCUGCUGGGACUGCCCGUCCAAAAUCAGGAUCAGCAGCGUCAGGGUCAGACUCUCGGCGAGGUUAUGCGCCUGGGUAUGGGUAUGGGCUUGGGUCUCGGCCUGGGCCUGGAUGAUCCAUUCGGCAGCGAUCUGAAGCCCUAUCUCCGGCUCAGUCAUGCGUCCCACAUCCAGCAGCAGAUCUGCGAGGCGGAGACCCUGCGCGUCUUUCGCCUGAUCACCGGCCAGGUCUUUGGCAAGCUGAUCAGCAAUGUGAACGCGGUGAGAAACAGUGAGGAGCCGCCACCGGAGGUUCCUGGCCCGGCUGGCGUCAGUGGCGGUGGCGGUGCCGGUGGUAGCUCCUCCCUGCUGGCCGAUUCCCUGGACCUGCGUGAGCACAUGGUGGGCAUCCUGUUCUCGCGCAGCAAACUCUCGCACCUGCAGAAGCAGGUGAUCGUGCACAUUGUGCACGCCAUUCGCAGGGAGGCCCUGCGCGCCAAAGAGGACUGGGAGCUGGCCAAUCUAGCCCAUGACCUCAAGAAUCCGAUGGAGGCGGCCGCCGCGGCUCUGCCGGGCCCCCCACUGCAGCAGCCGGCCGCCGCUGCCAGCAGCGAGAGCAGCUCAGAGCGUAGCCGGGCCCCAGACACCUACUGCUUCGAGAUGCUGAGCAUGGUGCUGGCCCUAUCCGGCAGCGUUGUGGGUCGCUCCUAUCUGUCGCAGCAGCACGGACUGCUGCGCGACCUAUUGGGGCUUCUGCACACAGGCAGCGAUCGUGUCCAGCGUCAGGUGACGGCCUUGCUGCGUCGCAUUCUGCCCGAGAUCUCGCCCGAGAGCUUUGCGGAUCUGCUGGGCGUGCAACGCCUGCCACCGGCUGACUACAGCAUCGCGCAUCAGAGCGGCAGCGACUUUGACAUGAGUCGACUGGGGCUACUAGACAUAUUCCUGGCCGUGAUUGCCAAGUCCCUGCAGUUGCAGGUCAAAGUGAAGACCACAGCGGCAUCGUCAAGCGGAGGAGGAAGUGGAGGGGGAGGAUCCGGAUCAGGCGGAUCAGGCCAAUCCCAGCAGAAGCAGCAGGGACAGCAGGAGAAGACACCUGCCUUUGUGAGGCUCUGCAGUUCCCUGGAUCUGUCCGUCCAGCAGCUGCGCUCGCGCCCGCCCACAGGAGAGGCACAGUUGCCGUCAACGUCGGUCGGCGGCGGGGAUCCGUUCCAAUUCGAGCUGGCGGCCCCACCCAGAAAGGAGUCGAAGAGGAAUCUCAACCAGCGCUGGUUCCUCAACGGCACCAUAUCAACCAAACAAGCGGAGAGCAUUAUUAACCUCAUCCGGGACCUGGCUAGCGGAAAACUGAGCGAGAAGUGGUCGCAGACCACCAAGGCGGCCAUUGCUGAGUCAGUGCUCAAUCUGACGCGACUCGAGGAGAUCUAUCGCACCCCGGAGCACUGCCCCAAGACGGCCACACUCUGGCUGGCGCUGGCCAGUCUCUGUGUCCUCGAGCGCGAUCACGUGGAGAAGCUCUCGUCGGGCCAGUGGUCAAAGGUGUGCGACACCCGACCGAUGUGCACCAAUCACGACGAUGGGGAGACGGCGGCCAUCAUACAGUGCGAGACAUGCGGUUCCCUUUGCGGAGACUGCGAUCGAUUCCUUCAUCUCAACCGCAAGACGCGGGCCCACAAGCGAACGGUGUGCAAAGAGGAAGAGGAGGCCAUACGCGUGGAGCUGCAUGAAUCGUGCGGCCGAACGAAGCUCUUCUGGCUGCUGGCCCUCGCUGAUUCCAAGACCCUCAAGGCCAUGGUGGAGUUCCGCGAUGGCAGUCAUACGAUCAUCUCCGGGCCGCAGGAGGCGGUGGGCAGAUGCCGCUUUUGCGGCCUCACCGGCAAUUCGGGACUGCUGGAGAUCGGCAAUGUGUGCGCGGAUGCCCAGUGCCAGGAGUACGCGGCCAAUUCAUGCCUCAAGACGAAGCCCUGCGGCCAUGCAUGCGGCGGUGUAGUGGGCGAGGAGAAGUGCCUCCCCUGCCUGCAGCACGUGUGCCAUGCCAGGGAGAACGAGCUGGCCGAAGAGAACCACGAUCCGAAGCUCACGCAGGACGCGGACGACAUGUGCAUGAUCUGCUUCGUGGAGGCGGUCUCUUGUGCCCCCUCCAUACAUCUGGAGUGCGGUCAUGUUUUCCACUUCCAUUGCUGCAGGGCGGUGCUGGAGAAACGCUGGAGCGGACCGCGCAUCACAUUCGGGUUCUCACUGUGCCCCAUCUGUAAGGCGGACAUCCAUCAUCCGCUGCUGGCCCAAAUCCUGAAGCCCAUCAAUACGCUCAAACAGGAUGUCAAGCGCAAGGCGCUCAUGCGGAUCAAGUAUGAGGGCGUUGUCAAGGACACGGAAAGUAAGGACGUGAAUGUGACUCAACUGGCCAUGGACCGAUAUGCCUACUACGUGUGCUUCAAGUGCCAAAAGGCGUACUACGGCGGCGAGGCACGCUGCGACGCGGAGAUCGGCGAGAAGUUCGAUCCCGAGGAGCUGGUGUGCGGCGGCUGUUCGGACGUGGCUCGCGCUCAGAUGUGCCCCAAGCAUGGCACCGAUUUCCUUGAGUACAAGUGCCGCUACUGCUGCUCGGUGGCGGUGUUCUUUUGCUUCGGGACGACACACUUUUGCGACACCUGUCACGACGAUUUCCAGCGGCUGACGAACAUACCGAAGAUCAAGCUGCCGCAGUGCCCCGCCGGGCCCAAGGCCAAGCAGCUGCUGGGCGACGAAUGCCCCCUGCACGUAAUGCAUCCGCCCACCGGCGAGGAAUUCGCCCUAGGCUGCGGCGUGUGCCGCAAUGCCCAAACAUUUUAGCCACAGACGGAUAUUGAGUCCGAUCCAGAGCCAGAGCCAGAGCCAGACUCGCUUGAGUACGAUGAUUCCGAUUCGGAGACAGAGUCGCCCGGGUAUUGGUGCACUGGAAUGGAGGACGACUCCCAGACAUAUUUGUAGACACGUUAAAUCGUAAACACGUAGCCAUAAUCGCCCAUAUAUAGCUCCCCCAUAUAGCUCCCCAGAUAUUGAUGUCUACAUAUAUAAAGGAAUGACAGUUACAUAAACACCUAUCGGAAUACAUGGAUAACGGGACUCGGAGUCACUUCUGGACACCGGGCCAUUUCUGGUCAUAAUCACCCAUAGAACAGAAAGAAUCCCCAGAAAUUUCCCCAUAACUAUUGAUGUGUACUUACUAAAUAUGAGAAUGAGAAAAUAAACAGACCGAACAGACAUGGAAGUGGCGAACCAGAGUCGGAUACGGAACCCAGAGGCGAACACGGACACGGACACAGAUACGGAUACGGAUUCGGAAGCACAUUCCGAAUCCGCAGAAUUGAUAUUACCUAGGAUAGCAUAUUACGGAUAGGAGCUAGCGAAUAAAGGAUAAAUGGAUAAUGGAUAAUGGAUAUGGCGGUAUAGUGAAAAAACGGUUAGAAUAUUUCCAUGCAAUAUUAUUUCUAAUACUCAAAAUUUUCCAACGAAAACGAAACUUGAUUUAUUUUUCACUCAUUCGGAGGAAAAACGGAGAAAGACGGAGAGACAGAGCGAAAGAGAGAGAGAGAGAGAGAAAGAGAAAAGCGCAAGAGAGCGAGAGCGAUGGAGAAAAAGAGUGUGGGAGAGAGAGGUGUGUACAGAAUUCUCUUGCUCCUCAACCCAACCUUGAACCCAACCCCCGUCCUACUCCUACUCCUGCCCACUCCUCCACGCACCUUUUGCGGUAUAUAUAAAUUAAUGGAAAUAAACAAAUACAUAUAUGCAUAUAUAUAUUUAUUCUGAAUGUAUUUACGAGUAUUCUGAAUGUGAGGCAAGCAAAAGAUGCAAAUUAAAAUCAAUUCUGAAUGUACAAA